CCACCGACGUCCCGCCCGCUCUGCUCGUCCCAUGUUCUCAGAUGGCCGUCUGUUGAAGCCGCUGGCGGUGAAUGCUGAGCAGGCUGGCGAGGUCAGGCUCCGCCUCAUUGUCCUGUGAUUGGCUACUGGACCAGACCGAGGUCAAUGGAGCCAAUGCCCAACAAGCAGGAUAGCAACUCGUCUGAGGGGGACGAGAAAGGGCAGUGUUCGGUGAAGAGCAUGUCUGCUCUUAGCAUCUCUGUUCCAGGGUACAUCCCCAGCUACCUGGAGAAGGACGAGCCGUGUGUGGUGUGUGGGGACAAGGCCACGGGCUACCACUACCGCUGCAUCACCUGUGAGGGCUGCAAGGGAUUCUUCCGCAGAACCAUCCAGAAGAACCUCCACCCGUCCUACUCCUGUAAAUACGAAGGCUGCUGCAUCAUCGACAAGAUCACCCGCAACCAGUGUCAGCUGUGCCGCUUCAAGAAGUGCAUCUCUGUGGGCAUGGCCAUGGACCUGGUGCUGGACGAGACGAAGCGAGUGGCCAAACGGCGCCUCAUUGAGUCCAACAGAGAGAAGAGGAAGAAGGAGGAAAUCGUCCGGACUCUGAAGACCAGGCCGGAGCCCGACACGGCAGAGUGGGAGUUGAUCCGGUUGGCGACGGAGGCUCACCGGAACACCAACGCCCAGGGAUCCAGCUGGAAACAGAAACGCAAAUUCAUGCCUGAUGAUAUCGGCCAGGGUCCGAUGGCGCCCACCUCCGACGGAGACAAAGUGGACCUGGAAGCCUUCAGCGAGUUCACGAAGAUCAUGACGCCUGCCAUCACGCGCGUGGUCGACUUUGCCAAGAAGCUGCCGAUGUUCUCGGAGCUGCCGUGUGAAGACCAGAUCAUCCUCCUGAAGGGCUGCUGCAUGGAGAUCAUGUCGCUGCGCGCCGCCGUACGCUACGACCCAGACAGCGAGACGCUGACGCUGAGCGGCGAGAUGGCGGUUAAACGUGAGCAGCUGAAGAACGGCGGGCUGGGAGUGGUGUCGGACGCCAUCUUUGAUUUGGGCAAGAGUCUGGCUCAGUUUAAUCUGGAUGACACGGAGGUGGCGCUGUUGCAGGCGGUGCUUCUCAUGAGCUCAGACCGCUGCGGGCUGACCAGCGUGGAGAAGAUCGAGCAGUGCCAGGAAGCCUACCUGCUGGCCUUCGAGCACUACAUCAACUACCGCAAGCACAACAUCCGACACUUCUGGCCCAAACUCCUGAUGAAGGUGACCGACCUGCGCAUGAUCGGGGCGUGUCACGCCAGCCGCUUCCUCCACAUGAAGGUGGAGUGUCCCAGUGAACUGUUUCCCCCGCCCUUCCUUGAGGGCUUCGAGCACCAGCAGGCGUGAACACCCACCAAACCACCACACACACACACACACAGGAAGAGGAGGCGUGGUUCAAAAGGAGAACGAAAAAAACUGGAUUUUUCUUCAGUGAGUCCUCCACUGUGGUUUUUUUAUAAAUCUACAAACUCACCUCCUGCCACCAGCAAAACCUAAACAGGGAAACCAGGAAAACCAGGAAACAGGAAACAGGAAACAGGAAACAGGAAACACUGACCACCAGUCUGGAUCUGCUGCGUCUCUGAGAGAAAGUCAAAACAAAGUUCCAAAAAAUCCAAACGUAGUGCCAUAAAAGUUCAGAACAUCUUUAUGCAACACAGUGGUUCACACACACACACACACACACACACUUUUUACCUCAUAUUUUUUUAAUGUUUUUUGUAUUUUUUUAUUUUAGGAACUGUUUCUCAGUCACACACACACA